AUGCUUUCAAGGGUUUCAAAUUUGGCAUUUAGAAACGUGGCCAGACCAGCCGCCAGAUUGGCUUUUAGGCAAAAUGCUUUGAGACCGGUUUCUUUGAGAUCGUUGCCAAGAACUCAGUCUGUCAGAUUCGCCUCUUCGUCUAAUGAGAACGAUUUGCCUGAUGACGACGUCCUCAAGGUCCAAGACGUGGUCAGCAAGGUCCAGCAACACCCACACAUCAGAGAAUUGUUGAAUCAGUUUCAGGAGAUCAUCGUUAAGAAAGGUUUCAACCCACAAGAGCCUCCAUCUAUGACCCAGGUUAUGAGACUCUUUGCUGAUAAGGAGGUCAGAGCGCUUAUUUCCAAGUUGAAGGACGCCUUUGACGAAGCUGGCAUCAAGAUCUCGCCCGAGGACAUGGGUCUGUUCAUGAAGAUGUUCAAACAUUAA